UUUGACAGGUGAUAAAGAAACGAAAAAAAUCCUCAAGUCUGUCCGUCCGACGUCCGUGAUUAGCCACUCCUCGAUAUUACUUAAUUAGUUUUAAUUUUUAGCGGCUACUGCGAGAAAUGUAGUUUGUGAUCUCAAAUGUGAACGUGUGAUAAGUCUAUGGGUUAAAACGAGCGUCGUCAAUAACGAAUCACAAUGACGGGACGUUCGGGCCGCGGUGUAUUCGGGAAGCUCUUCUCCAAGAAGCAGGCGAACCGGGACGACAGGGUCACCGAGAUAGGGAUGCCCACAAACGUGCAGCAACACAUACACGUGAGUAUGAACUCGGAAACGGGCAUGCUGGAGGGCCUGCCGUCGUCGUGGUUGAGGCAACUGAACGCACAAAUAUCGCCCGCGGAACAAAAUGAGAACCCCAAUGCGGCCAUCCAGGCCGUCGCCUUCCACUACUUCCACGCGCUAAAGAAGGAGCAGGCUGAAAAUGAGCCAUGCAAGCAGAUCGUCACAGCGGAGGCGAUCACGAAGGAGGAGUUGGAAAUGAAGAAGUUCCUGGCUAAAAAGAAUGCUCACCAAAGUCAAGACUCGGACAUAUCCAUGGGUCAGAGCAGCGAGGAGGAUGUCACAUCCUCCUCGGACACGAUAUCCCAGCGGCAGACCAUGCCGGUCGCACCUGUUAAGAAUAGCUUAAAGAAGAAGGAUGCGAUGAUGGACUUGACGGCGGGUAUCACAGAUCUUACCUUGAUUGGCACCGAGCCAGAGGAAAGUCCAAUAUUGAGAAAGAAGGAGCUUAUGAACUCCACCUUAACGGAUGAGGAAAUAUAUGAGGAGUUGAGGAGGAUUUGUAACAAAGAUGAUCCCUAUGUCCGUUUUGACAGGAUCAAACAACUUGGUGCAGGAGCCUCAGGUGUAGUGUAUAUCGCAAUAGACAACACAGACAAUUCGAGAGUCGCGAUCAAAGACAUAGACUUGACGAAGCAGAAUAAGAAAGAUCUCAUAUUGAACGAGAUCAAUGUGCUAAAGGGAUUCAACCAUAAGAACCUCGUCAACUUCCUAGAUGCAUUCCUAAGUGAUGACCAUCUAUGGGUAGCCAUGGAGUUACUAGAUGGGGGGUCGCUAACAGACGUGGUCACCGAAGUAGUGAUGAAGGAGGGGCAAAUUGCCGCCGUAUGCAGAGAGACCUUACAAGCCAUCGCAUUCCUCCACUCCAAAGGAACGAUACAUAGGGACAUCAAAUCUGACAACGUCCUUCUGGCUAUGGAUGGCAGUGUGAAAGUUACAGACUUCGGGUUCUGUGCGAACAUAGUCGGCGACGAGAAAAGACAGACUCUAGUCGGCACUCCUUAUUGGAUGGCGCCAGAGGUGGUAACAAGAAAGCAAUAUGGGAAAAAAGUUGACGUAUGGUCGCUAGGUAUAAUGGCCAUAGAGAUGAUAGAGGGUGAACCGCCAUAUAUGAAGGAGGCGCCCAUCAAAGCGUUGUACUUGAUCGCAGCAGUAGGCAGACCAAAGAUACCGCGAUGGGAGAAGCUGUCGCCGGCUUUCCAAGACUUCUUAGACAAAUGUUUGCAAGUGGAUGCCGAUGAAAGAGCUACUGCUGAUGAACUGCUACGGCACCCUUUCCUGGAGUGUGCGAUGGAACUGAGAACCCUCACCCCGCUCAUCAAAGCCGCACAGAAAAUUCUGCACAAGAAUUACGACUGAAUCACCAGUCCAUUCCUCUGUAUCGUUAACGGUAAGAUGCAUUUUUCUAAAAUUCCGUUUUGUACAAAACUUGUACACAUUUUUUUAGCACAUGUAUUUUGUAUAGCUUUUACAGUGAUUAUCGUGCCAAUUUUUGGUAGUAAACUUAGUCAUUAAUGAAGUAGUUAUAAUGCGUAGGCUUUAAAUAAUUUUACUUUUGCAAUGUUAACGUAAGCAAAUUUGACAAUAGUAGAAGUACCAAGUAAUUCAUGUUUAACGUAAGUGCAACACGCACAAAUUAACUUGACACCUGCCUCCAUGGAGUUUCCUUAGAGCAAGGUGUCUAGUUAACUUCUGCGUUAUAAAAUGUAAUCUUUUGUACUCGAGAAGUCGACAUUGUGUAAUAAAUAGUGUACUAGGCCAAAAAUAUUCAAACAAGUGCCUUGACGCAUGAAUUUGUUUCAUUAUCAAAUAACUUGUAAUAUGUCCGUGUUGUCUUAUCUAAUAGAAAAGAUAUGAUAUCUCCUACUGAUAACUGCAUCACUACUCGUCAUUUCUCAGAAUUAUUUAAGAAGGAAUGUAUGUACAAUUGUAUGCCAUAAAUUGUAGUUAUGUAACUAGAUUACUUAAAGAAAAUAAUCUGUCCAAGAGAUCACUUUUGAGAGAACAAAGUAUUUUUUUAAUAUUUUUAAAUUCUAACGUAAAAUACAUUUUCUACUGUGUUCUUUUUUUAAUUUACUAUAUGAGGUAAAUGCAAACCCAGCUGCACUCAACCUUUGGGGGAUAUUAGAUUAUCAUAUAUAUUGGAUCCGAGAUCAUU